AUCUGAGCAUGCUCAAUACACCUUAAGCAGCACGUUUCUAGCAGAGCGGAGCCUGUGGGAAAGGAGUGUGGUGGAGGCGGAAGGUCGGGACGGAUUACUCCUCCCCCACCCUAUCGACAGGUAACAGGAGAGAUGUAGGAGGAUUCCAGAGCUGCUCAUCAGCAAGACCAGCUUUCCUCAUGGAAGAGACUCCCCAAGGAACAUUCCAAGAUGAGCUGGAGUGAUGUAUUUUGCAGCUGGAAACAGGCUUCCUUCGUCUCAACCCAACCCCAAAACAAGCAGAGGAGACACAGCACAUCCUCAAAGUCCUGUGCUCCUGCAAGGCUGCCUUUCUGAAGAAGCGGCAGGUGAUGAACCGUGUGUUUGAGGAUUACUGACUGAAGAUGGCUGAGGAGCAGAAGAGGACAGAAAAAUCAGCCAUGAAACCUGGGAAAGCACAAAUACAGCAAGGGAAUGUGCAGGUUUCAGGGAGCGUGGUGUAUAGGAAGCGAUCUGGACAGACCUCCGAGUCAACCACAAAUUGGUUCACACCAUCUGAUAAUAGCUUCCGAUUUGACUUUGCACUUCCUGAGAUGGAUCCACAAGCAACCAAUGGAACUAUGGAAGAGGUCCAGGGGGUAGGUGGCUCUGAACAGAGGCCCUCAGAACUAGAAGAUUUGAGUGGAGUGUUGAACUUUUCCACCCCUGGACAACAGCCCAAGUUUGCUUUCAAUUUUGUCAUCCCAGAUAAAGAUGGCUCCCUGAUGCCAUCUGUUGUUACAGGCCAAAGAACGGAGAGUGUAGCAGAAAAUGUGACAUCAGAUGGCUUGUCAUCUGCAGGGCUGAUGACGCAUUCAACCCUGUUGGAGGCUAACAUGCCUGAGGUUGUGGGCUGUGUGGGUGGAGGAUUAGGGAGAGAGGCUCUCAUUUUAGAGAUCCCAAAACCAGAGAUUGCUGCUGAAGAUGAGGUUAAGACAGAGAAGACAGCAGCAGUUGGAGCACCCAAGAAGAAGAAGAAGAAGAAAAAGAAAUCAUCAAGUAGUAAGAAGGAGAUGGCAGAAGCUGAGGUCAGCAAGAAGGUGAAGGUGGGAGCCAGUGAGUGUGAAGACACAGAAAAGACCACGCAGCAGUCAGAUAAACAGCUGUGGAGGGAAGUGGACUGGUGUGUGGAACAGCUGGAACUUGGCCUGAAGACACACAAAUCCACUCCAAAACAGGCUGAAGAAGCUCUUCGUGCCGUCAAGACACUACGCAGUGACAAGGCCGUGCUGGCAAAGAAGUGUCAGGUCAUGCGAGCCAUCUUUGGAGAUUACAAGAAGAAGAUGGACGAGGAGAGACAGAAACAGCUGAAGCUCAUGCAGGCAGUUGCUGGAACGCUCUAGUUCUCUUGGUCUGCCAGAGGAUCCUCAUGCCCAUCGCCAACAGGGCUGAACAAAAGGACAAAGAAGUUGGACUGGGGACGAUCGUCUUUCAGAAAAGCUGCAGACAGAGUGAGACCUGUGCCGGCUAUUCUCACACUGGUGGCAACCAGCCUGCGCCAUUGACUCUGGCUCUGGGAAGGGACCCAUUGAGUCCAGUGAGCAUGGACUCCCCAACUAGGGUGAGCCAUAGAGAUGACUCAGCCCUGGCCAUGCCAACUACGCCAGAGGCAUAUGAGGCAGCAAAAGGCUUUCAGUUGCUUCCAGCACCUUCUCUGAGCCAAGGCCCAUCGGAGGUAGGUCUGGUUCCACAAGAAUUGUCCCAUGGAUGCAAGUGCCUGUCUUGGGCAAGCCUUCAAUGAUGGUGAGACACUGCCUGGUAUCUCACUCAUUCUCUAGAGGCUCCACUCCUCACUGGUCACAGUCCCAGCACCUCUCGCAAUCCCAGCACUGAUUGGAAUCCCAACAGUGGUCACGACCCUGGCAUCAUCCCACACUGAGACACCAGUCACAUUCCUGGAACAAAUCAUCAUCAGGGCACUGCUCCUCUCGGGAUACCACAGCACAGCAAGGUCAUCCAGAAGUGGGUUCUUGAGCUCCAAGUCGAUGGCAAGGUCCUAUACCUUGCAAUGGAGCAGACAUUGAGUCAGACCAUAUGCAUCCUGUGCCAGUGACCUAGGGAUUGAGCCAGACAACGUAGCCACCUGUCCAGUGGCAGAGGCCGCUACAGUGGCCAAUGUGGACUCCAUGGGCAGUAUAAUCCUACUGAGCCUCCCACAUGUGUCAGUUCUACUCGGCACCCUUGGAGGCAAGAGUACCUCCACCUUCCCCUUCAGAGAGGGGUUCAGUUCCGGGUGCAGAAGUGGAUGAGACCCAGGAUACGUCUGCAGGGGACUGACCAGUGUGAAAGUAGAAUGAAUUAUAUUGUAAAAAUAAGAAUGGAUUAAAGAAAUGUAUGUA